AUGACGUCGUUUUACUCAGAACCAAACUCUAACCCAAAUAUGGAGGACAUCAACAGAAACGACACUGAAUCCUCCGAGAGCGGGAUGGGUUCGUUCCUCAACCCGUCGGACCUAAUCGCGUGCCAGAACAUCUGCCACGUCAACAUCUGCACCAGCAUAUCCCAGCUGGUGGGGUGCGUGGAGGAGUUCAUCUUCCCCACCCCCCUCGAGUGGCUGCUCAUCAGCAUGCAUCUCAUGCUCUUCUCCAUCGGCGUGGUCGGCAACUUCCUCGUCUGCUUCGUGGUCCUGAGAUCGAAACACAUGCAGACGGUCACCAACCUGUUCAUCGUCAACCUGGCGGGCGCCGAUGCCGUGGUGCUAGUGCUGUGCUCCCCGCCCACCGUGCUGCAGGAGGUCACAGAGACCUGGUACCUGGGCGAGACGAUGUGCAAGGUGGUCAUCUUCUUCCAGAACACGGUGGUGGGUGUUUCAGUACUGACCCUGUCCGCCAUUGCUGUUGAGCGAUACUUCGCCAUCUGUCGCCCGCUGAAAUCCCGAAUAACCUUGAGGAAGGUCACGAUCACAAUUUUGAUCAUCUGGAUUGUUAGCGCCACCCUGGCCUCACCCAACCUGAACAACAGGGUCGUCGAUUACUUCUCGGACCCUGCCCUGAGCGGCUACCUGACAUCCUGCGACACCAACCUGGAGGUGGACCUGCGGAUCAUCUACAACUGGUUCAUCAUCAUCACGCUCUACAUCGUGCCCAUGAUCAUCAUCGCCAUCUUCUACCUCAUCAUCUCCCACCAUCUGUGGCAUGUUAGGGUCCCGGGCACGGCCGUCAGGACGUCAAACCACGAGAGUAACCAAGGUUACCGGACACACGCUGAGGUACAGUUGGCGUCGAGGAAGAAAGUGGCCAAGAUGUUGAUUGCCAUUGUCCUACUCUUCGCGGCCUGUUACUUUCCCAUCAACCUCAUCUUUAUACUCAGACAAGCUGGUGUCCUAGAGGCGUACAACGAGUCGUCCAUCUUGCCUGUAGUCUUCAUGUGUGCCCAUCUCCUGUGCUACAUCAACAGCGCAUUCAACCCGCUCAUCUAUAACUUUAUGAGUGUAAAGUUCAAGAAAGAGUUCCGGAACGUGUUCUCCUGCAUGCGGCGCGAGAACACGCCCUUGCACCACGAGAGCACGUGGUUCCACAGCACGCGCAUGGUGCGCCAGCCCACCAACAACAGCAACCACAGCGCUAGCCGCAUCCUCCGCGUCCAUGACGUCACCUACCCGGCCCUGACCAACCACCGCGUCAUCGACAACGACGACCUGGACAAUGGCGAGUCCGUGUAAACAUCCGGUCAGGUGACCGCCUCGUUUUUUCUCUCCAGGUCACGUGAUAGCGUCGUCUGUCCGAUCACGUGAUAUCGUCUACCCAAUCACGAAGUCACUUCACUUUUUUUACCCCUGAGGCGAAAGUGACGUCUGCUAAGUUUGAAUUGAUACAGAGCAAUGGUCUGGCCUCGUUUGAUCAGGUUCUUUAAAACUGUAUCCAUCGUUGGCCCUGAGAUAGGCGCUCGCCGCUGGAUAGGAUGGCCUCAUUUCUGUGUUAGAACACAAUGUGGCCAU